GGGCGCUGAAACUACCAGCAUCCAAAAUCAGUCUUUGGCCAUACUUCGGUAGAGACGGUCGUGCUCCGGUCUUAAAUUCACCGGUCGUACUCGAUAACAUAAAUAUAUCACAAGAAAUUAUUAUAUGAAUUUUAAAAUUAAAAAAAGUUGUGCAGUGCGGAAGUUUAAAUGUUCGUAAUCACCACAGUUUGGUGCAGUAAAUGUUAAAAUCGCGAGGUAUUUAAAAAUAUAGUUUUUCCGAUUUUGUCGCCAUAGUUUGGUGGAUUUUAGAAUGCAAUUGUGACCAAAAUUAAAAUGGCUUCUUACCUCUAUUUCCUUCCUUUACUACUCACAAUCUCGCUAACUUCAAGCGAAUAUUUUGCUACUGAUUCCUCUUCACAACCACUUCGUUACGAAGCCCCUGAUGAUUGCCAAUGGUGGAUCCGAGAACCCGCAGUGGCUGGAGGGCAGGAUGAAGUUUCUUUGACGUGCAACCUGAGAACUAUCAACAGUGAGUUUGACACCACCAAUUUCAGUGUUAUACCAUCAGAACAUACUACAUCCCUUAGGAUUGAAUGUAAUGGUGAUAUUAUGUCAAGGAGCAGUUUGGAUGACAAGAGUUUCAUACAUCUAAUAAAACUACGAGCACUGGAAUUGGAACAUUGUAAACUCGGAAGAUGGCCUUCAGGAACUUUGCUUGGAUUACGUGAUUUAAGAAAUUUAACAAUUAAAACUCACAACACUGAUUGGCCCGCUAUGAACUUGGACUUUGCUAGAGACAGUUUUCUUCCUGUAAGACAGCUCGAACGGCUGGAUUUGAGCUGUAAUAAUAUUUGGUCUUUUCCAGAAAACAUUUUUUGCCCUCUUAUCAAUCUAGUGCACUUAAACGUGAGUGAAAAUCGUUUACAAGACGUAAGUGACCUCGGUUUUCGUGAAAAAGCUCCAGGAUUACCACAACCCUUGAUUAGUGUAGCUGAAGAUGACCAUCCUCAACACACCGAAACGACUAGGACACUAACGAAUCCAUGUAACUUAGAUAUUCAGGUACUAGAUUCAUCCUUUAACCACUUUGUUUUAAUACCAGCUAGUGGUUUUAGUGUGUUACGUAGACUACGUGAAUUGUAUAUUCAUAAUAAUGAAAUUUCAAUGGUGGCUGAUAAAGCCUUAGCUGGGUUAAAAUCGUUACAAAUUUUCGAUUUAUCUAACAACAAGGUUGUCGCUCUACCAUCAGAACUUUUCAAAGACAGCGUAGGUUCGAUUAAAGAAAUUUAUUUGCAAAAUAAUUCUAUAAGUGUCUUAGCCCCGGGAUUAUUUGCUAAUUUAGAGCAGCUAUUAGCUCUUGAUUUAUCAAGAAAUCUAUUGACAAGUUCCUGGAUAAAUGCAGAUACAUUUUCAGGACUAAUACGCUUAGUUCUCCUAAAUUUAUCCUAUAACCGUAUCAGCAAACUCGAUCCAACUUUUUUCAGAGAUCUAUAUACUCUACAAAUUCUAAAUUUAGAGCACAAUUCACUCGAAACUAUUCCCGCAGAUACUUUUGCUCCGAUGAAUAACUUGCAUACGUUGAUCCUUUCUUAUAAUAAAAUCACGUAUCUCGAUGCUUUCUCUUUAAACGGUCUCUAUGUAUUAUCCUUACUAGCUCUAGAUAAUAAUUUACUUGAAGGAAUCCAUCCCGAAGCUUUUAGAAAUUGUUCGAGUUUACAAGACCUGAAUUUAAAUGGGAAUUUAUUAAAAUCUGUACCGUUAGCUUUGAAAGAUAUGAGACUUAUGCGAACAGUUGAUCUAGGCGAAAAUGUUAUUGAUUCACUCGAAGAUCCCGGAUUUAGAGGUAUGAGCAAUCUUUAUGGGCUCAGACUAAUUGGAAAUAAAAUAACCAAUAUAAGCAAUAGAAUGUUCUCAGAUUUACCAGCGUUACAGAUUUUAAAUUUGGCUAGAAAUAAAAUCCAAAAAGUAGAAAAAGGUUCUUUUCAAUACAGCCCUAAUCUUCAAGCUAUCAGAUUAGAUGCCAAUCAAUUGACUGAUGUUAGCGGUUUGUUCGCGGAAAUUCCUAGUUUGUUGUGGCUAAACGUAUCUGAUAAUCAAAUUGAGUGGUUCGAUUAUGCCUUGAUUCCACACGGAUUGCAGUGGCUUGAUAUGCACAAAAAUAACGUAAGAGAACUAGGAAACCAUUACAAUUUAGAUUUUGAUUUAAAAUUACAAACUUUAGACGCAAGUUUUAAUAAAUUAACUCGUAUAAAUGCAGCUGCAGUGCCGUCUAAUAUCGAACUGCUAUUUUUAAACGACAAUUUAAUUAAUACAGUAGAACCUCACACGUUUUUAAAGAAAACUAACCUGACAAGGGUAGAUUUAUAUGCAAAUCAGAUAGUAAGCAUGGAUUUAAACGCCUUAAGGUUAACCCCGGUCGAUCCCGAAAAACCCUUGCCAGAAUUUUAUAUCGGCGGCAACCCUUUUCAGUGCGAUUGCACGAUGGAGUGGCUACAACGUAUAAACAAACUAGAUCACUUAAGACAACAUCCUAGGGUAAUGGAUUUGGAAUCUAUUUAUUGCAAGCUUUUAUAUAACAGAGAAACUAAUUAUUUACCCUUAAUAGAAGCGGAAUCAUCACAAUUUUUAUGUACUUAUAAAACGCACUGUUUCGCUUUGUGUCACUGUUGCGAUUUUGACGCAUGUGAUUGUGAAAUGACAUGUCCCACAAAUUGUACUUGUUAUCAUGAUCAAUCGUGGUCUGCAAACGUCGUAGAAUGUUCCAAUGUUGGUUAUACAGAAAUGCCCAGUAGAAUCCCAAUGGACGCCACUGAAGUUUACUUAGACGGCAAUAAUUUCGGCGAAUUAUCCAGUCAUGCUUUUAUCGGAAGAAAAAAUUUAAAAGUUUUAUAUGCUAAUAAUUCUAAUAUCGCCGCAAUCUAUAACCAUACGUUCAGCGGUUUAAAAAGAUUAACAAUAUUACAUUUGGAGAAUAAUCACAUAAAACAGUUAUUGGGAUUCGAAUUAGAAAGUUUGGAGUACUUAAAGGAACUGUAUCUACAAGGUAAUUUAAUUCAUUACAUAGAUAAUAGAACGUUCUUGCCUUUAAAGCAAUUGGAGGUAUUAAGAUUAGACGGAAAUCGUUUAUACUCCUUUGAAGUUUGGCAGUUCACGCUAAAUCCGUAUUUAGUAGAAAUUGGCUUAGCUUACAACCAAUGGUCUUGUGAUUGUGCUUACAUUUCUAAAUUUAAAACGUGGCUGCAGGUCAACUACGGAAAAGUCGAGGAUGCCACAAAAAUAAUGUGUAUGUACAAUAACGUGACUAAAGCUUUGGGACCUAAUAUUUCGGAUUUUAACGGGACGUCCUGCGUAAAUGUUUUUUCGGGAAGUAACAGGGCUGUAGUUGAGACACAGGCUAUGAACGAUUAUUUACCUUUAUUAUUAGUAACUAUGUGCAUUUUCAUAGCAAGUGUUGUUAUAGUAUGCGGGGCGUUUUACUACAGACGAGAACUAAGAGUGUGGGUAUAUUCAAGGUGCGGACUUAGAAUGUGUUAUAAAACUACGGCUUUCGAAGAACAACAGGAUAAAGACAGACUUUUCGACGCGUACGUAAGCUAUAGUGUUAAGGACGAAGCCUUCGUUAGUCAAGUAUUAGCACCAGGACUCGAGUCGGGAGAUCCUGGUUACAGACUAUGUUUGCACUACAGAGACUUCAAUGUAUCAGCGUACGUAGCUGAUACUAUAAUCGAGGCAGUAGAAUCAUCGCGUAGGACUAUAAUAGUUUUAUCAAAGAACUUUAUUCAUAACGAGUGGUGUAGAUUCGAAUUUAAAAGUGCGCUACACGAGGUUCUAAAAGACCGCAGAAGGAGACUUAUCUUCAUAGUGACCGGGGAGUUGCCUCAGAGAGACUUAGAUCCCGAUUUAAGACUAUAUUUGAAGACUAAUACGGUUAUCGAGUGGGGGGAUAGGCAGUUUUGGCAAAAGUUGCAAUUUUCUAUGCCAGAUAUUCGAAGGCCAUGCAUCCACCAAAGAUCUUCGGUGAAUAUCUAUGCCACGGCGACGCCCACACAUUUAGAUAGCAGAGACAGGAGUCCGGCUUUACCACCUCCUCCACCUCCCGGGAAAUUGCCGCCGUUCCUGCAACAUUCCUCAAGUUUGCCACGUGACAACCGAACGACGAUGCCGCAUCCUUUGUGGGCGUAGCGGAUGUUUUUUAGCAGCGUGCUUGACUGAGAGGGCUUACGGACUGACUAGACUCGGCGGAAAACUUAAAACAGUGAAGAAGAUGCGAGACAAGGCCAAUACUUACCGAGAAUGGGUCGAAGCUCAUUCCAGAUGAGAAGAUAUAUUUUAGCCUAGCUUCUUUUUCGAUUUAAAAUUUCGAUAUCUGUAAAAAAAUAAUAUUUAUCUCAAAUUCCUUUUACUUAACUGUGAUAUGUAUAUAUGUAAUUAGAAAUAAAUAAUUUUUAAUUUAUUUUAAUCCUGC